AUGACUGCAGGAGACCCAAGCUACCCUGCGUUCCCCAUUGCUUCCGCACUGGGUGCUGCGAUGUUAUCGCUCGUCCUUCUAACCAGCCUCGUCCGACAGAACUGGAAUCUUGGUGUCGCUUUCCUAUGCGUCUGGCUCUGCCUCGAAAACGUGGGGAACGUCGUCAACACUACAGCAUGGUCCGAUAACGUCGAUGUUAAGCUGUUCAUUUGGUGUGAUAUUGUCACUCGUCUCAAUAUUGCCGUUGACGUUGGGAUGAAUAUGGCACCUUUGCUCAUCACACGUCGCCUCUAUCAGAUCGCUAGCCUGCGAUCGUUGAGUCUACCCGACAGAAAAGCGAAGCGCAUGAAUCGAAUCAUAGAGUGGACGCUUGGAUUCGUAUGGCCCCUUGUAGCAGCUGGUCCUCUCUAUUACGUCCUGGAGACCACGCGCUUCAACAUCAUCCAAGGUUAUGGGUGCACAAAUGGCGUUACUGAGUCCAUACUGACCAUACUGCUGACACAAAUAUACGCGCUCCUUCCGCCGCUCAUCUCUGUACUGGUCUACUACCCGAAGGUCGCAUACAUUUUCUACCGACAAAACAAGGACAUCAAUGAGUUCUUGCACAGUGAUGAUUCAGUCUCACGCACAGGAUAUCUGCAUGUUCUAGCCGCCGGUAGCAUGGAUAUCCUGUUGACGUUGCCAUUCGCAUUGGUGUUUUUCGCCUUUCUGCUUCGAAAUUCAGGGGAUCUGAGAUCUCUGCCCUUCUACCCCGGUUGGGAAGCCGUGCACUCUGACUGGACCAUCUUGACUUUCACAUAUUCGGAGGCCGUAUCUGGAGGGGCGUACUCUGUAGCCACAUACUACAUCCAGCUCUGGACCACACCUAUAGAGUCCUUCGUCAUCUUCGGUUUGUUCGGCUUGACAAAGGAAGCUCGCACAUCUUACUGGCACAUCGGGUGUACCAUCAGCGGAUGGUUUGGGCGGGAGCCGGCGGAUAAGCGCGCGGACCCGGAGUUGUGCAUCGUUGAGUUUGGCGGGCGCUUAGCGGAGGGGACCUCGCUGGAUUCGGGAAUCAGCACUGCGAGCUUCGUGCGUAUCAGUAGUGCCUGUGUCGAGCCCGGCGCCGAACGUGGAACCAAAGAUACGUCCGGCGUACCAACCCCGAAGACCGACAGGGACAAAUUCGAAUGCCCCGUCAGUCCUUCUUAUGGUACAGGGCGACUCGAUAGCGCGUCAGUUGUCGAGGAAAAGGUCGAGGAGGACACCGGCAUAGCCGGGUCGCUGGACGUUGGAGGAGUAGCGGCGGCAUAA